GGAAGGACAUUUAAGCUCAAGCCGUUGCCACCUCCACUUGGGCUCCUAGGGAGUAAAGGCAACGCUGUUCCUGUCUUCAUCAUGACCUACAGGUGGAUCCUCCCAAUGGCCCUCCUGCUGUGUUUCUCCACCACGGCUCUUUCUGUGAACUAUGACUUGCUUUGGUCCCAACUAAGAAGCAGCAAUUCAGCAUGUCAGAAGCUCCUGUGGCAGUUGAAUGGAGCCCCUCAACGUUGCCCCGAGGACACAAUGAACUUCCAGUUCCCUGAAGAGAUUGAGCAAGCACAGCAGUUCCAGAAGGAGGAUGCCGCAUUGGUCUUCUAUGAGAUGCUCCAGCACACCUUGCGUAUUUUCAGAAGAAAUUUCGCUAGCACUGGCUGGAAUGAGACCAUCGUUAAGAACCUGCUUGUGGAAGUCCAUCUGCAGAUGGACCAUCUGGAGACAAACCUGAAGGGAAUAAUGGAGGAGGAAAGCUCCACCCGGGGAAACACGACCAUUCUGCGCCUGAAGAAAUACUACGGAAGCAUCUCGCAGUACCUGAAGGCCAAGAAGUACAGCCACUGUGCCUGGACGGUGGUCCAAGCAGAAAUGCUCAGGAACUUAGCCUUCCUUAACGGACUCAUAGAUUACCUCCAAGACUGAGGAUGUCCCAGCCUGCAUCUCUGAGAAGGGACAAUGCUGACAGUGACUGCAGGCGUCUUCACCAG